AUGCAGGUCCUAAGGGGUUUGGAGACUUGUACGCAACUCGUAACUGCUCUGCUUCUCGGUUCUUGCCACAUUGCCAUAGUGGCAUUUAGACAUGAACAAGUGUUUAACCUGUCGGAUGUUAUUAAUCGAGCCCCGUACCUAUUUGGCCGCCCAAAUGCCUUAUGCGCUAUUGACUAUCGGCAUCGAGAGAAGGAGGCUAUCCUUGUUUCGGAUAAAAAUCAUACAAGAGAGGAGUUGGGCUUUUCUGUCCCUAUAUUACUGCCAUGCGUCGUGUUCUACAUUUGGUCACAACAGUUUUACCAAUUACUUGUGCUAAUCCCACUUCAACGGGAGCCACUUCAGCGGAAAUUCCGCUCCAGUGGCUAA